AUGUCCAGCACCAUCAAGAACGUCGAACGCAAGAUCGAAAACACCUUGUCCAGUGGCCAGCCUGGCACCACCGGUAGGGAACCCUUCGAGGACUCUUCUACUUCUAUCGGCGGCAACAACACUUCUUCCACCACCGGCACCGGGCAGCAGUACGGCUCUGGGACAAGUACCCACGGUUUGGGCAACACCUCAAGCCUUGGCCAGGGUCAGACUGGUGGAGCCUACGGAUCAUCAGGCCAGUCAGGUCUCGGUCAGACUACCUCUUCAGGCUAUGGAGGUGACAAAGUGACCGGUAUCGACUCUCAACACAACCAAGGAGUCGGCGCUGGAUCCACUGGUCUUCACUCUAGAACUGGAACGGGUCAGCACUCUUCUACUGGGGCAGGCCUUGGUCACUCUACGAGCGGCGUAACCGGCGACCGAUCUACAGGCCCAACCGGCCUUCACUCUGGAUCAGGCGUCGGCCCCAACACUACUAGCGGUUCGGGCCUCGGCCACACCUCGUCUACAGGUCAGACAGACUCAACCACUUCUGGUUCUCAUCACGGGACCGGAACAGGCCUCGGAGCGGGCGCUGCUGCUAGCGGCGCUGCCUACGAGGCCCAGAAGCUCGGCAAGCACAACACGUCCGACACUGCCGCUGGCACUCGCGAUGUCUCUGGUUCGUCUGGGGCUCACGGAUACAACGCUCAGUCUUCCAACGUCUCUGGCCAUGGCUUGACUGGCGACAAGACUCACUCCUCUACCCAUGGGUCAAACACUCACGGGUCUGGCAACCAAAGCUCUGCAGGCAAUGUUGCCCGAGAAGCUGAGCGAGAGGGCUCCAAUGCUCAUCACUCGGGAGCCGGCAAGAAUGCUGCUGUCGGUACGGCCGCAGGGGCGGCAGGAGGCGCUGCUAUCGGUCAUCAUGCGUCGAACACCCACUCGAACUCGGCAGGCGACCGAUCGACUACCUCUUCUGACCCUACCUCCACCCAGGCUCCCGAGCAGUCUCACGAAGGUGGUGGUUCUAACGGCUUGGGUACGCACGCUGCCGACUGCUCUGGCGGCCCUCAUGACUCGACGCACCACAAAGUUUUGCCCGGAAAUCAACCCGGAUCGGGGCACACGGGACAAGGUGUAUCUGGAGGCACGCGUACUGCAGGCGAAGGAGUUUCCACCGACAAGGUCGGCAAGCAAGGUCAGAACGCGGCCGCCUACGAGAGGUCGACUACCGAGGGCCCCGUCACUGGUGGCGCUGCGAAUGCCGACCGCUUCGACACUGAUAAGUCGUCCUCUUCUCAUGGUGGGGUGAAGGGAGCUGCUGUCGGAGCGGCAGCAGGCGCAGCGGGAGGGGCGGCCACUGGCCACCACUCUGGAUCGCACAACCAAUCUGGCUUGACCGGAUCGGGUGCAGGCAAGACCCACAACUACGAUGGGACUACCGGGUCGCACUCGGGUUUGAGCGGUUCCGAGGACCCCAACAAGCAGCAAUCUGGCGGCGCAAAGGGUGUUUUCACCACGAGUGACAAGGACUUUACCAACAACGAACGUCUCGGCAAGGGCGCCUACGAAGACAGCAACGCUGCCGUGCAGAACAACACAUCUGGGCCCGGUGGCAAUCCUGCUUUGACUGGACGUGAGGGCAAUUCGCGAACCAACCCCGUCUCUGGCGAGACAGGCCUUUCCAACACGUCUUCUUCCCACACUUCUGGCCACCAUGGUAAGGCUACUGGAGCGGGGGCCGGAGGAGCUGCUGGAGGUACGGCCUACGAAGCCAACAAGCACCUCGGAAACCAUGGUUCUUCCACGGAUUCUUCCAAUCUCCCUGAGCAGCAAAGCUUCAAUAAAUCUUCCUCCGCCCACGGUUCUUCGUCUGUUCCCGGUCAGCAAUCUUCCACAGGUUCUUCUGUCCCCGGACAACACCCCUCCUCUACCACAGCUUCGUCCGCUGGUGGCGCUCAUGACUCUGCUGGUCACCGAGCCGGUGUGGUUGGCGGAGAUGGCACAACCGCCACGAACGCCUCGUCUGGGUACGGACAGGGUGCGCAGACCGGCCAGUACACUGGGACUCAGUCUACAGGCUCGACUGCCCCCUCUACCGGGGCGACCAGCACUUCAGGCCACUCCACCACUGCUCAGAACGUCGAGACUGCUGCGGAAGACAGCACCCAGAAGAAGGGGCUGCUCGAGAAGGUCAAGGGAGCCAUUCUCUAA